AAGUUUUCUUGCAGGUUUCUUGUUCUGGAAUUAAUUAUCAAUGCCUAAUGAAAUUUUUUGCAUAAAUGAUUGUCCCAGAAAUGGCACUUUCAGGGGAGUUGGUUCAACAUAUUAAGCAGAAAAAAAUCAUGGGAGACGGUGGUUCUGGUUCUUCAUUUUCUCUAAAUCGUUCUGUUCUGGGUGAAAUAUAUUUGUCAGAGGUUUUGGAGCAGCCAGGACAUAUGGCUUUACCUCAUGUCAAGCAUACAGAGAACUCCGCGAACUGUGAGGUGAUUCUUGCUGAUUCUCCAAGGACAGAGAUGCUUGCUGUAAAGAUUUCCAAGAAGAAGAAGAGGAAGAAGAAGAAGAAAGAUAAGUCAACUAAAAGUUUGAAUGAUAAGACUGUUGAUGGCACAGGACUAAGAAAAUGUGGUUUAGACAGCGCAAUGCCAUCUUGUCAGCUGUCGGGGGAGACCGCGAACAAUAAUGCAACUAACUACGUGAAAGGCCUGAAGAAUGAUCUCCCAUCUGCAGGUGUCAAUCCUCAAUGUGCACCAUGUAUGUCUGGAGUUUGUAAAGAUCCGAGUGUUCCCAUUGGCAAGAAUCUCCCUGAAUGUUCCAAUGUCAGAAUUCCUGAUCUUACUGGAAAUUAUUUACCUGCUUCUAUGAGGAAUCAUAGUAACUCUGGGUCCAACAUCUGCUGUGCGGGUUAUAAAUUCAGCAAGCACGAGCCUGAAGAAGUAAGCAAUAAUUGUUUUCUGGAGAAUCUGCAGGAGAACCAGUCUCCCAGGCUUCUAUCUCAAUGCAAGUCAUACAAGAUCAUUAAUUGCAAGUCUUAUAAGGUCAAAGAUUGCAUUGCUUGCAACCGUGGAGUUACCAAAACCUGUGGCCGGUCUCAGACUGCCUGCAAUCAUCGUGGCAUCACCCCAAUUAAUGAUUUUAAAUCUAAUGACUUGGCUUCUCAAAGUGAUGCAGUACGCAAAACUAAGAAGAAUGCCAAGGGAGCACAAACCUACGGGAAAAAAAGAUCGAAUUUUUAUUAUGUGGACAAGGAUGUUUGCCUGCUAGAGAAGAAUCAUUGGGUCAAGCGUAAUUCAUUUUCAAGAAGAGGAUUGCUACCCAGUCACUUAAUUUCCCCUCCAGGCUACAGCAAUUCUGCACAUGGAACGAAAAAGAUGGUAGACAAAGAGUCAUUUAUGUGUAGGAAAAUGCAUGGUGGAGUAAUAGUUGAUUCUUCUCAAUGGGCUCCUCAGCAGAGGUUGAAUGGGGGAUUUAAUAAAUAUGUCUCAUGGUCUUGUCAACCGGGUGCCUUGGCAACUGACUCUGGGAAAUUAAAAUCAUAUAAUUCAUUUAAGCAUGAGAACUACUACAACAGAAAGAAAGGACAGGGAGGCUAUGGAGGAAACUUCUUUAGGCUUCAUGAUAAGUCUGUUCCACUUCAAAAGGAAUCAUCACAGGUUCCUUAUGAACUUUAUCAGUAUAAAAAUGGUAAUGCUGCACAAAGAACCAUUUAUAAUAGCCAGCUCGCUGUAUCUUAUGGUUCACACUGUUUAAAUUCAUUUCCUGCCUUUUCGCCUGUCAUACCGAAAAAUGUACCUCACUUGACAAGUUUGAGUAUACCAGGUCAACGUGUGCUAAAUGAUUUCCAUCCAUACAAUUGCAUGAAGAUUCCAAGGACGGAAGAUGUAGUAAGUCGGUCUUUUUCUGCAUCCAUAGACAGUGAUAUGUGCUCACACUCGAAAUUUCGUAAUGAAGACAAAUAUAGGCAAAAUGGAGCAAGUGGAAAGAAAUGGAUUCCUGUUGGUACAAAGACAUCCAGGCUUCUGAAACAGACUAGUUCUGCUGGUGAGUCCCAUAUGUCAGAAAAUUCCAUUGCCGAAGCAGAUGGUCAGAAAGUUGAAAGUACUUUAAAGGCUGCUUACCAAUUGCAACUAGCAUUGGAGGGCAUUCACCGUGUGAUGGGCAAUCCACUAGCAGAAUUUGAAAGACUCGUCCAUUCAUUUGCUCCAGUUAUCUCUUCUUCAUGUGCGUAUGAGAAAUGUGCUGUUUGCAUAGAUGAUCAGCUGUCUCAUAGUCUCCUCUGCAAGCACCAGAUCCCAAAUGUAUCACUACGUGUUGUUUGGAACUGGUACGAGAAACCUGGGAAUUAUGGUUUGGAAGUCAAGGCAGAAGAUUCUAAGAACUUAAAUGGGUUGCAUAUUGAUUCCAUAACCUUUCGUGCUCAUUUUGUCCCUUUCCUUUCAGCCGUUCAGUUGUUUGGUUACCAACAUCUCCCUGAAUAUUCUGUUAAACGUAGAGAACACACCAACCUUGAAAUGCAGGACAAAGGAGAAGUUGAAUCACACUUCUCUUUUCUGAAAACAAUGUUUGACAAACAAUGUUCAAAAGCUGUUGAGGUUAAUCGCAAUUCGGAAGAGGAUAUAGAACCAGCGCGGAACUUUGACACAGUUGAGGAACCUCUCAGUACAUUAAAGGUUUCCCCAUGUAAUGAAAGUGAUAAUUUGAAUUUAGAUUCUUUACCUACCUUCUUUGAUUCUGAGCUUGUAUUUGAAUUUUUUGAAUCUGAGCAGCCACGGCAUCGAAAGCCUCUCCACGAUAAAAUUGCAGAGCUCAUUGAUGUUGGAACUUCUAGUCAUCAAAUAUAUGGCGACCCUUCAAAGCUAGAACUUAUGAAUCUGCAAGAGCUACACCCUGCAUCUUGGUUUUCAGUGGCCUGGUAUCCAAUAUAUCGAAUUCCAGAAGGGAACUUCCGUGCAUCAUUUUUGACUUUCCAUUCACUAGGACACCUGGUCCAGAGACACAUUUCAAAUGAUUCUCUGAAUAAGAACGUAUUCUGCAUUGCCUCCCCUGUGUUAGGAUUGCAAAGCUACAAUACACAGGGCGAAUGUUGGUUUAAUCCCAAAAUUCCUGUUGAAACUACUUUGAAAGAAUCAACACCUUUCAACAUUUCUGAAAUUCUCAAGGAACGACUUCGAAUACUAGAGGAAAACGCAUUACGUUUUGCUAGAGGUUGUGUUUGCAAAAAUAAUGUGAUGGCAUUCAACCGGCAGCCAGAUUAUGAGUUCUUUAUUUCUCGGAAAAACUGAGGUAGUUUUGUCUUGUACUAUCUUCUGAUGAGCACAUUCUUAUCUGCAUUUUCUAUGGUAGAAUUGCGUCACUUUCACUGCAGAUAUAUUUGUAAAGUGUGGUAGGAAAUAAGGCAAGUUACACCUGUUAGGGCAGUCUCACUAUUGUAUGUUAGUUUUUGUUGAUAAUUGGAAACUUGAAGUAGUUGUUGAAAGCUGCAGAAGUUUAGUUUCAGUUUUGUAUAGCCAGAUGGCUUGAUGCAGCUGUUGAAUUUCAUUACAGUUCAAUCUAAUAGGGUUAUCCAUUUCUGAAUUCAGAUAUAGAUAAAGAAUACUCUG